AUGAGCGGCGUGGAGAGCCUGCUGCUGGAGAGCGACGACGAGGACCUCGGGGAGCUGGAUCUGUCCGCCAUCACGCUGGAGGAGAUCCUGCGCGAGGAGGAGCUGGCCAAUAAGAGCGCGGAGGUCGCGGCGGACAGCGAUGCGGACGAGCUCUUCUUCUCGCCCGCCACCUUCACGCUCAACAUCGAGCCGGGCCCCGGCAUGGACCCCGCGCACUUCCGCACGCCGCUGGAGAUCGCGGAGGCGCGCGAGAAGCAGCUGCUGAGCUGCGUGGGCGUGGAGCUCAUCUCCCCGUUGCAGGUCAAGCGCCGCCUGCGCGCGCACGCGCGCUCCAAGGCGCUCAAGUCGCGCCGCGAGGGGCUCGUGGCCAUGAAGAAGAACCAGCGGAAGAAGCAGAUCGCGGAGGGCGCGGGCGCCGCUGCCACGGCCACGGAGAAGAAGUCCACGGGCGUGGUGAAAGUGGAGCCCAUGGAGGCCAUCAGUCGCCAGCUGCGCAAGAACAUCGAGUUCAAGGAGUACGGCCCCGGGUCGCCCACGGUCGUGGCCAUCCACUCCAAGUUCAUUGCCAUUGGCACGUCCAAGGGGCUCGUCAUCAUCUUCGACCACUUCCAGAACAUCCGGCAGGUGCUGGGCAACACGAACGACGCGGACGGAGACGGCCCCGUCACGGCCGUGGACGUGUCGCCCGGCAGCGACUACCUGGUGUGCGGCUACCAGAGCGGCCGCAUCGUGCUGUGGGAUAUGAUCAAGGGCACGUCGCUCAAGGCCGUGUCGGACGCGCACGAGAACCCCGUCGUGAGUCUGCGCUUCCUGAAAGACCAGAAGCCCGUGCUCGUGUCUGUGGACACCAACGGACUCGUGAACAAGCUCAACUUCUCCAAGAUGAUGGGAAUGGUGUACGUCGUGGACGUGGAUCCGCUCUACGACGGCUCGGCCGGCAAGAUUCUGUCCAUCUCGGUGCUGCCGCAGUCCGCGGGCAACGCUAAGAUCUCGUACCUCACGGACCAGUACUGUCUGGCUGCGCUGAGCACGGAGACCGUGACGUUCAUCAUCGCUAUCGAGCCGGAGGUUCGCGUCAUUUAUCGAUGGGCAAGGCCUGAUGACAUUGCGCCGGAUGAUCCCGUGCUGCCGACAUUGGCGUUUGCCUGGAUCUCGUUCCCUGGAAGCUCAAGAGCGCUGGCGCCCGUGCUCGCGCGUGGAUGGGGCAACCGCGUGCAGUUCCUGGAGGUGGUGUUCCCUGGCGGCAAGAACCACUCGCACGCGCGCCAUGGAUUCCCGACGUUCGACGAGCACGACCAGAUCGAGUCCUCCAGUGCAGUUAUGGCGGUGCAGUGGCUUGGCGACCAGGUGGUGGUGUACUUGAACUCACACGAUGAGAUCUGCGUGUACGACGUGAUGUCUCGUCAAGAGCUGGAGAUUGUGGAUGUGUCGUCGCUGGAGCUGGUGUUCGCUUCGUACCGUGGCAAGAACGCGCGCAGUUUCUCCAACAGUUUCCGUGGUUGCUACAACAUUUUGUAUCUGCUGGGUCUGAAGGAGUUGCAGACGGCGCGCGUGCUGCCGUGGACGCAGCGUAUUGAUUUGUUGGUGGAUGAUGGAGAGUGGCUGGAGGCGCUUGCGCUAGCGCUUGACCACUAUGAGGGACUAAAGAUCGCUGCCGCGGAUCGGGCGGCAAGAGAUCGGUUCCCGCCCGUGUUUUUCCGUGACAAGCAGAACGACCAGUGCCUUGUGGAUAUACUGCACAUGUGUCAGACCAAUCAGCGCACUGGCGAAAAGGAGGAUGUUUUCCGACAUGAAGAGAGCGCUGACGAGGUUCGUUGGGUCUGCGGCGAGGUUCCGUACCCACCAGAUAUUGCCAAGAAGCUCGAGGAGACUCUGCAGAAGGCUCGCAGUGGACAGGUGACAAAGAAUUUCGUGCCUAUCAGUGUGGCUGAACGCGUGGCAGAUCUGCUCAUGGAGUACGUUCGCCUUGCUAUCGCUAACGCCCCAGGCUCUAUAGCUGCUGCGGGAGGAGAGCUAAGCCUGAACAAAAUCGGAAUGAAGCUGGACUUGGCGAAGAGCCACUACCAAAUGCUGGCAGGUGUUUGCAUCGAGUACUGCGCGCUCAUUGGUCGCACAGACCUCCUUUUCGGCGAGAUCUACACACGGUUCAAGGAAGCGAACAAGCUCAGCGUGCUCAUCGAGUUGCUGGAGCCUUACAUUCUGUCGGAGAAGCUGCGCAGCCUUUCGCCGGUAGCGAUGGAGGAGUUUGUCAGGCACUUCAGUGAGCAGGGUAAACUUGCUCAAGUGGAGCAGUGCCUUCUGCACCUGAAUGUGGCUGAGCUCAACGUGGACACUAUUCUCAAGCUCUGCCACGACCACGAGCUGUACUCAGCGCUCAUCUACAUUUACAACGAAGGAAUGGACGACUACACGACUCCCAUCGAUGUGCUACUUGAGGCUUGCUCCGAGGCGAAGGCUUCAAAGUCAAAACUCGCUGCGGAUCCGGCUCCAGUUCCUCGAGCUACUCGUGCACCGUCCGGUACCCAUGUGAAUAGUUUGGCAUCGGCUUUUGGUGGCACCACUCGCACGGCCAGCUCUAAGAUUUCGAUUGCAAAGCCUGCCGGCUUGUCGGCGCGCGAGAAGGCAGAGGAAGAAGCACUCAGUGGCCCACGACGCCGACGUUUGUAUGGGUACAAGUUGCUCUUGUACAUUUCAUACGCCUUGAGCGGUCGUACGUUCCCGAAGCACGAGCAGAUCUCGCCCCUGAAGUUAGGAAAGGUGCGCUCGCAGAUAUGCUACCACUUGUUCGAGAAGGAGGUGGCAGGCUCCUCAAUCCCGCGACCGUACCCGCGACUUGAGACGCUCAUUGAUCUUGAUGCGCGUGAGCUCUUCAACAUCAUGGGACGUAUGUUUGACACCCCGAGUGUUGAGUUUGAAGGCGAGAAGAAGGACGGCACGGAUCGCCCUACGAGCCGAUACGACUCAGCCCGCAACGCGGAAUUGACGAAGUGUCCCAGCCGUCUGUCGAUCGUGCUUUCCCUUGCCGAGGUCAUCUUUGGCCCCAAUAGCCCUUUCAGCUCAGUGGAGCAUGCCCACUUCUUCAUGUUCGAGGCUCGUCUUCUCAGUGGUGGCUCUAUCGAGCCGCAGGAGUACGCGGACGCCCGUGCUAAUGCUAUCGGUGAUGCUGGCUCCAGCAGCAGCGGCGCCUCGAUGAUGGAUUCACUGAUGAACUUCUUGGCCCUUGGUCCUGCUUCACUGCUGUCCAAGGGCUCCUCGGCGGUCUCUGCUGAAACCUCACAGGAGGAAGGUUUCGACAAGGCUGGUCGCGAAGCUAUGCUGGUGCGUCUGUUGACCAAGUUGAGCAAGGCCACGUACAACCACGAGGCUUUGUUGGAGAGUGUCAUCCGAGAGAAAAUGAACCGCGCGGCCGUCUUGCUGUACAAGGAUAUGGGUGACUUCAACCAGGCUAUUGCAUCUUACCUGGCCGAUGAAGACCACGAGUACCAGAUGAAUGCCUUUAGCUACAUCCGCGUAGAGACUGACAAGGCUGUUGAUGGCGAAGAAAUGGAGGGCCGCGAUAGUAACGAAGGCGAACCUACUCGUCGUCGUCGGAAGGUUAUCGAGGAGGCUGUGCUCAACCACGCCCCUGCACUCAUGAAGACGGACGGCUACGCGUUCGUGACGCUGAUUCUGGGCCAGUUCCCGAACCUGAACAACAAGGUCAUCCAGAAGUUCCUGUCCAUGGGCAAGGGAGGUGCUGAGCUCGAGUUCCUGUACCUCAAGCAAGUGCUCAUGGCCGCGUCGGUCACGAGUGGCGGCAGCGCGAGUGACGAGGCUGAUGUUGUUAAGGACCUGCUCGAUCGUUCAAAGCUGCGCAUCGCCGAUGAUCCUGCAGUGCAGGAGCGCUUCGUUCGUCUUCUCUGCGAAUUUGAACCAGCCGGAGUGUUCCCGUACCUGGAGUCCCACGACAGCUACAAGGUGGAUGCGUGUCUGCGUCUUUGCAAGGAGUUCGCUAUCACAGACGCAGAGGCGUAUCUGCUCGAGCGUACGGGUGACGUCACCGGCGCCCUUACGCUUAUCCUACAGAGCUUGGAGCAGAAGCUCAAGAUCCUCAAGCCUGCUCUGCGUGGAUACAACGUCUCCGCUGCGUCCUCAUCCUCCACGACAGCUUCUGACAUGCUGUCGAGCACUGCCGGUAAUGGCAGUGGUACCAGCGGUGCCGGGUCGCUCGGAUCAACGUCGAGGCACCAGUCCGACCGCGUCAUCGACAGCGUUCAGGAGGGCAAGGACGCCAUGAAGACGCUGGAGGUGGCACUGACGAUGUGUCAGCGUAACUCUCUGCGUAACCGUGACGAGCAGGCCGAAAAACUUUGGUUCACGCUGCUGGACAAGUUGCUGCGUAUCCAGAACUCGGUGAAGCGCAGUCUUGGCUCGAAGAGCUCGUCUCGCAACGUUCCUGUCUCCCGAAGCGGUAGUAGCAGUGGACACAGCGCGAUGACCGCCUUCCAGGUGGCGCUGAAUGAAAUGAUCCGGUUCAUCCUGGAGCGCAUGGCGUCGUCGGUGUCACUCAAGUCGAUCCUGUUCAAGAUUACGAACGAGCACGGCCGUGGUGCCUUCGGUGACUUCCGACCCACGAUCUUCGGUAUGCUGGACACGUACAACUACGAGCAGAACAUUUACCAGACUGCCAACGCCCUUAUCAGCGUGGACCUGUUCGACCAGAUCACGACGCUGAAGCAAGCCAAGUCUCGUUGCUACGCGCCGCCGUCAAAUGUGUGUGGGUACUGCCAUGUUGCGCUGUCCAAGCCGCCAUUCGGUAUGGGUCAAUCGGGCGCUCCUGGCACGGAGAAGUGGCACCUGCACACGUCGAUGGUGCUCGUGAUGUCAGGCCAGACCUUCCACGAGUCUUGUGGUAAGGCCUGGCAACAGGGCGUGGACACGAAGACGCCGGCGGCACGUGGAGCUGCGGGUGGCAAACUCUCGCGGAACAACAGCUCAGUCAGUAGCAUGACUAGCGACGGAUUGGCCGGAGAGGACGAAGCAGGCAGCCGUCUGCAGCGCAAGCAGCCCAGCACAAGACGAUACCUGGCGCGACUAAAGACCCAGCGCCGAGCAUCGCGGCGGCAGGUGUCGCCUCACGUGGUGUUAGAGAGUCUCAUCCGCGAGGACAACGGACGCAACAAGUACCUCAAGAGCUCGCGUGCAGUCUUCUCUCUGCGGCCGGACCCGGAGGUGGCUGCCAGCAAGGUCAAGAAGCGCCUCGGAACGCGCAAGCCUGGCUCGCUCCCUGUGGCGCCCAUCCAGAAGGGCAGCAUCUAA